AUGGGCCAGGACAGGCUGCUGUCCUGCCUGGGGCUGGCCUGCUGCCUGCUGCUGCUGGGUGACUCGGGGUGCCUGGGGAGCCGAGCGACGCCGUGGGGGCCCUGGGAAGAGGAGCAGGGCCCCGUGGCAGAGGGGGGACCGUGGGGCAGGGUGAGGUACGAAGCUGUGAAGAAGCACUUGGGAGCUGUGGGCGCGCUCUCCAAGCAGUAUUGGCAGUAUCUGGCGUGCAAGGUGUGGCAGGAGGGCUGUGAAGAAGAGGAGGAGGAAGAGUCCAGUCCCAGGCCAGGCUGGAGCUUGCCUCUGGUGGGCCAGGAUUACCUGGAGAUCCUCUCUGCCUGGUACUGCAGCUUCGGGAAGUGCUGCAAGACAGGAGACUGCAGGAUAAUCAACAAUAUCACAGGGCUAGAAGCAGACCUCAAUGGGCAGCUCCACGGGCAGCACUUGGCCAAAGAGGUUGUCAUCCGGGCGGUCCAAGGGUUCCUGCAGAGCCCACGGCCAGAGAAGCCUCUGGUCCUCUCCUUCCACGGCUGGUCCGGCACGGGGAAGAACUUUGUGGCGCGGAUGGUGGCCGGUCACCUGUACCGGGAUGGGCUGAAGAGCGAGUGUGUCAGGGUGUUCAUAUCGCUCUUCCACUUCCCUCAUCACAAGUACGUGGACUCGUACAAGGCUCAGCUGAAGAAGCAGAUAAGCGAGACCAUGCAGCUCUGCAAGCAGUCCUUGUUCAUCUUCGAUGAGGCAGAGAAACUUCAUUUCGGCCUCCUGAAUGCCAUCAAGCCUUUCAUGACUCACUAUGACAACAAUGGCGAGGUGGAUUACCGGAGAUCCAUCUUCCUCUUCCUCAGCAAUCUCGGUGGCAACACCAUCAAUGAGGUAGCCCUGGACUUCUGGCGAGCUGGUCGGGCACGGGAGGAGAUCUCCAUGGAGUUCCUGGAGCAGCGGCUGCGGCUGGAGCUGCAAGAGCCUGCAGAGAGCGGUUAUGCCCGCAGCCACCUCCUCAAAGAGAACCUCAUUGAUUUCUUUGUGCCUUUCCUGCCUUUGGAGUACCACCACGUGAAGCUCUGCGCGCGGGAUGCGUUCCUGGCCCGUGGACUUCGCUACACUGAGGCAGCCCUCGACGAGGUGGCCAGGAUGAUGGUGUUUGUCCCCAAAGAGGAGAAGCUUUUCUCUGCACAAGGAUGUAAAUCUGUUUCCCAGCGCAUCAAUUACUUCCUUCCUUGA